AUGGACGCCGCAAUCGAUCUCUCCGACGCCUCCAAGGCCUUGGAUCUGGCCAACAUCCGUUUUCAGCUCAUCCGCCUGGAAGAUACCAUCACUUUCCACCUCAUCGAGCGGGUGCAAUUCCCACUCAAUCGACCCGUCUACCUCGCCGGCGGGGUCAACAUUCCCGGCACUGAUGUCAGCCUUAUGGACUACCUGCUGCGCGAACAGGAACGUCUCCAGUCCAAAGUCCGUCGCUUUCAAGCCCCCGACGAGUACCCCUUCUUCCCCGACGUGCUCGAGACCCCGAUCCUGCAACCGCUGCGCUACCCCAAGAUCUUGCACGACAACGACGUCAACGUCAACGCCACCAUCAAGCAGCGCUACGUCGAGGACAUCCUGCCGGCCGUGUGUCCGGGCUUCGGGCGCGCCGACCGUGGCGAGACCCAGGAGAACUACGGGUCCGCGGCGACAUGCGACGUCAGCGUGCUACAGGCGCUCUCGCGACGCAUCCACUUCGGCAAGUUCGUCGCCGAGGCCAAGUUCCAGCACGAUCCGGAGACCUUUGUCCGGUUGAUCAAGGCGAAUGACCGCGAAGGGAUCGAUGCCGCCAUUACCAACGCUGCCGUCGAGCAGAAGGUGCUGGAGCGGUUGGCGCUCAAGGCCAAGACCUACGGGACCGAUCCGGCUUUCCCGUCCGAGCAGGGGCCGAAACUCAACGUGAAUGCCGUGGUGUCGAUGUAUAAGGAAUGCGUCAUCCCCCUGACUAAGGUGGUCGAGGUGGACUACCUGAUGCAGCGGCUGAAGGGGACGCAGUGGGAAUAA